CUAGGAUUAGAGGUGGUUCUUAUGCAUGCUGAACUGUGUUUUCUCUGUGCAGGAGGCCUUGUAGUGUUUUUGCCUUCCCCAGUAGGAUCCAGACAGAUCAGCAGUGACUCCAGAUUAACCAAUUUUCUGACUCACCCUCUGGUAAUAUAGGCCUGUCUGCAUCUGUCCAUACACAAUGGUUGUUCCUGAAUCUCAGGACAAAAUGUACUACCCUCCUGAUGACCUGAAGAGGGAUGCCCACGUGCCUGAUUUUAACUCCUAUCUGGCCCUUUACAGGAAAUCUCUUGAGAAUCCAGAAGCUUUCUGGAAAGAGAUUGCUGAUGAGUUCUUUUGGAAGAAGCCAGCAACAGGACCAAUGGUGCAGUACAACUUUGAUGUGACAAAAGGGAACAUAUAUAUCAAAUACAUGGAAGGGGCCAAAACGAACAUGUGUUAUAAUGUCCUGGACAGACUGGUGAGGGAAAAGAACCUGGGUGAAAAGAUUGCCUAUUACUGGGAGGGGAACUCACCUGACCACCACAUGACCAUCACCUACCACCAGCUUCUGAGCCAGGUUUGCCGCUGUGCUAAUGUCCUCAAGAAAAUGGGUGUAAAAAAGGGAGACAGGGUGUCCAUUUACCUUCCCAUGAUACCUGAGCUGGUAGUCUCCAUGUUGGCCUGUGCAAGGAUAGGCGCUGUUCACUCCAUUGUGUUUGCAGGUUUCUCUUCUGAGUCUCUGUGUGAGAGGAUCAUGGAUGCACAGAGCUGCAUCCUGGUGACAGCAGAUGGUGUUUAUAGAGGAGAGAAGAUGAUCAACCUGAAACAGAUCGCAGACGAGGCUCUGGAGAAGUGCAGAGAAAAAGCGUCAUCCAGUGUCACUAAAUGCCUCGUCGUCCAACACCAGGCACUGAGGACGAGAAGUGGAGCUGCAUGCAACAAACUACAGACCCCCUGGGACGCAGAGUGUGAUGUGUGGUGGGACGAGGUGAUGAGAGACUCUCCUGAAGAGUGUGAACCCGAGUGGCUGGAUGCGGAGGACCCCCUGUUUAUCCUCUACACCAGCGGCUCCACGGGCAAACCGAAGGGUGUUCUCCACACAGUUGCUGGGUAUCUGCUCUACACGUCGCUGACCUUCAAGUACGUUUUCGAUUAUCACCAUGACGACGUGUACUGGUGCACCGCAGACAUCGGCUGGAUCACCGGCCACUCUUACAUCACCUACGGCCCUCUUGCGAACGGUGCUACAAGCGUCUUGUUUGAAGGUAUUCCAGUCCACCCUCACGUCGGUCGUUUCUGGGAGAUAAUUGAGAAGUAUAAAGUGACCAAGUUCUACACAGCUCCUACAGCGAUCCGCCUACUGAUGAAGUAUGGACAGGAGCCACUUCAGAAGUAUGACCUCUCCAGCCUGAAGAUUCUGGGUACAGUUGGUGAGCCAAUCAACCCAGAGGCCUGGCAGUGGUACCAUGAGGUUGUCGGUCAGCGACGGUGUCCCAUCGUUGACACUUUCUGGCAGACAGAGACCGGGGGUCAUGUUUUGACUCCUCUGCCUGCUGCCACAGCGCUGAAACCCGGCUCUGCUACCUUUCCUUUCUUCGGAGUAGAGCCCACGAUCCUCAACGAACACGGAGAGGAGCUGGAAGGCGAGGCUGAGGGUUAUCUUGUAUUUAGAAGGCCCUGGCCUGGAAUAAUGCGCACAGUGUACAGAAACCACGAACGAUUCGAGAACACCUACUUCAAGAAAUUCCCAGGUUUCUAUGUAACUGGUGAUGGCUGCAGGAGAGACAAGGACGGAUAUUACUGGAUCACAGGAAGAAUAGACGACAUGCUGAAUGUGUCAGGUCACCUGAUGAGCACAGCAGAGGUGGAGGCGGCUCUGACGGAGCACCCGGCCGUGGCGGAGGCUGCGGUGGUGAGCCGGCCCCACAAGGUGAAGGGCGAGUGUCUAUAUUGCUUCGUCACCCUCAAAGACAGCAAAGAGUUUACCCACAAGAUGGUGGAGGAGCUCAAGAGACUGGUGAGAGAGAAAAUCGGUCCCAUCGCCACCCCGGACUUCAUUCAAAAUGCUCCAGCGCUGCCGAAAACUCGCUCAGGGAAGAUCAUGAGGCGAAUCCUCCGGCAGAUCGCUCGUAACGAGAAGGACCUGGGCGAUCUUUCAACACUAGCUGACCCCAAGGUGGUGGAGGUGUUAUUUAGCCAGAGAUGUGAAGCUGCAGCAUAAUGCUAUGAAUUGGUACUGAUGAAGACAAUCACAAACUGUUGGUUCUGGAUCAGUGUCUGUAAGACUAUAUAAAGGGACAGGGAAAAGAACAUGAUUUAAAUAUUGAGAUGACUUGCAUAUUUAGUUUUUACUUAGACAUAUGAAAUGUCAAUAACCUUUUUAUGUAUAUUCUGUUUUGGGGCUGUUAUUACUUUGCAUUUGGGAUAAAAUGUUUUUAAAAACUACACACAGAUUUACUAUCUUUUAUAUUUUCUUACAAGUCUUUUAAGUCCCCGUCUCGUUUCUUGGUAGAAGGAAGUGAAUGUAGAAGUAGAUAAGUUCCCUUUGCGAGGCUUGUUCUGACAACAAUUGAUGUAUAUUUUUAAUCUGUAAUAUAUUUUAAUGUCCUUGGAAUAAAUUGUAAAAACAAUCUACCAGAUUGAUUUAAACAACUGCAUGGACCCAUACACUUUACAAUAAAGGAAUAAACGAAGUGAAGAACAUGCAGCAAGUCAAAAAUAACAAUAAAUCUAAAGGGAUGUAUGAUUUUCUGAAUUAUGAAUAAUAAAGCUAAAAAAAACAAUGGGAA